AAAAAGAAGAACGAAAGAAACAACCAAUAGGCAAACCAGAUGUCGGCGGACCGUUUGAGCUACUUAAUCAAGAUGGAAAGCUCACGACUAACAACGAUUUUCGCGGGAGAUUCAUGCUUGUAUAUUUUGGUUUUACGCAUUGUCCUGAUAUUUGUCCCGAAGAGCUGGACAAAAUGUCUGAAGUCAUUGAGCGGCUAUAUAAUGAUAAUGAAGUGGGUAAAGUAAUAGUUCCCAUUUUUAUUUCUUGUGAUCCUCAGCGUGAUACCGUAGAAGCAACAUAUAAAUUCAAAGACUUUCACAAAGAUAUGGUUGGUCUGACCGGCACCUUUGAACAAGUUGCCAAAGUAGCAAAAGCCUACCGCGUUUACUUCAGUCGGCCGCCUGAUGUGGAAGAGGGAGAAGACUAUUUGGUUGAUCAUUCAAUAUUCUUUUAUUUGAUGGACGGCAAUGGAGAGUUCGUGGACGUGUUUGGAAAGAAUAUGACAGUUGAGGAUAUUACAGACAAAACUAAAAAGUAUAUUAAGAAUUACAUAUCCGAUGGUGGCAAUCUUGUGCCUUUAUUGAGCUUUAUUGUUAAUAAAUGUCAUUCUCUCCCGAUUAAAGAGAGUUUAUUUCAGCUUAAGUUUACAGCAAAGGCACUUAAUCGUCAAGCUAAGAAGGCCACUAAAGAUGAAGGUACCGAGAAAGCAAAACUUAAAAAAGCUAUACAACAAGGUGAUGUGGAGAGUGCUCGUAUAUAUGCGGCCAACGCCAUUCGUAAGAAGAACGAAGCUUUGAAUUUGACAAGGUUGUCUUCGAGGAUAGAUGCUGUUGCAAGCCGAGUGCAGACAGCAGUGACGAUGCAAAAGGUUACGGGAUCGAUGGCAAAUGUGGUAAAAGGCAUGGACAAAGCGAUGGAAACUAUGAAUCUUGAAAAGAUUUCGAUGGUAAUGGAUAAAUUUGAAUCACAAUUUGAAGACCUCGAUGUACAAACGCAAUACAUGGAAGGUGCUAUGGGUAAUACUACUACUAUGUCAACACCUCAAGAAGACGUUGAUCUCCUUAUGCAGCAGGUUGCAGAUGAGGCUGGUUUGGAGUUAAGCCAUGCGCUGGGUGAGGCCGUCCCUAGUAGCAUUCUUGGGUCUGUAGAUAAGACCAGUGAAGAGGAUAAAGAAUUGACAGAAAGAACCAAAGCACUCGACGAAUUCGCCAAGGCACAGCGUAAAAACGCGGAAAAGGCAAAAUGUAAAGUCUGUAUGAAAAAACGCGACGAACAAGAUCUCACGGAUAGUGAACCGGACUCUGACUCUGAGGGAGAAUACAACGAUACAUGGGAUGACAUUCUUUAG